AUGGCCGAUGUCCUGACUGUCACCUACCCACAUGCGGCCGUCUCCCCCAGGAAGGGUGCUGUCCCGGGGGCUUCAGUGGCAGUGAGCCUCCUGCCCCGGGUGUGCCGGCGGGGUCAGGGCCAGGCCCAGGGCUGUGCCUCCAUCCAGGCUCUAACCUGUGCCUUACUUGCCUUCUCCCAGCUGCUCCACAGGCCAGCAGAGGGCCUGGGGCAGACGAGGGUCACCAAGGAGGAGGCCGAGUCGGCCAGGCCCCAGCCUCACCCCAAGGCUCCGGGAAGACAGCCGGGUCAGGUCCACCCCGAGACUCGGGGUGCCCCGCGCACGCGGCGGAGCCGCCCGGGAAGGCUCGGCCGGUCGCCCCAGGCCUUCGCGGGGGAGCCGGGCGGGGACGCAGCGCCGCGAACGCCGGGGGAUCGGCUCGACCAGAGCGGCUCCUCGUCCGCCCGGCAGAGCCGGGUAACGGUCGGGCGGGCUUCUACGCACGCGGCGUACCGGCAGCGCCGCCGCCCGGCCCCUGAGGCGCCAGCGCCGGUGGCCGGCACGCACCCGCGGCCCGCCCCGCCCGGGGGCGCCUUGGCGCUGAGCCCCGGCGGGAGACUGGACGGCGGCAGAGCGCGGGGGCCCAGCUGGCCGUGGCGGAAAUGGAAGCAGCUGUCGAGGUUACAGCGGACGGUGGUCCUCUUCCUGCUGGUGGUCGUGAUGCUCUUCGGCCUCUUGUCCUAUGUCCACGUGGCCGACGAGUGGACAGCUGUGGACAGCAGGUCGGCAGCAGCAGGGCAGAUGAGACCAGCAAAUCCUCCCGUCUUGCCAGCUCCUCAGAAAGCAGCUGAGAACCCGGAGGCCGUGGCGGGGCUGUCGCCUCAGGUACUUGGAGUAAACUGGGUGCUCUGUGCUAGGUGCAUGCUCCUGCGGGUUGGGGUUGACGUCAACCUGUUUGAGAGCACAAUCCGGAUCCUGGGGGGGCUUCUGAGUGCCUUCCACCUGUCUGGGGACAUCCUCUUCCUGAAGAAGGCUGAGGAUUUUGGAAAUCGGUUAAUGCCUGCCUUCCGAACACCCUCUAAGAUUCCAUACUCCGAUGUAAACAUUGGCACUGGAGUUGCUCACCCACCCCGAUGGACCUCUGAUAGCACGGUGGCUGAGGUGACAAGCAUUCAGCUGGAGUUCCGAGAGCUCUCUCGUCUCACGGGGGAUAAGAAAUUUCAGGAGGCCGCAGAGGAGGUGACGAGACGCGUGCAUGCGCUGCACGGGAAGCUGGACGGGCUGGUGCCCAUGUUCAUCAACACCAACAGCGGCAGCUUCACCCACCUGGGCGUGUUCACCCUGGGCGCCAGGGCCGACAGCUACUACGAGUACCUGCUGAAGCAGUGGAUCCAGGGCGGGAAGAAGGAGAGGCAGCUGCUGGAAGACUACCUGGAAGCCGUGGACGGGAUCAGGAAGCACCUGCUCGCGAGGUCUGAGCCCAGGAAGCUGACCUUCGUGGGGGAGCUCAACCACGGCCGCUUCAGCACCAAGAUGGACCACCUGGUGUGCUUCCUGCCGGGGACACUGGCUCUGGGUGCCCACCACGGCCUGCCUGCUGAACACAUGGAGCUGGCCCAGGCACUCAUGGACACCUGCUACCAGAUGUAUCGUCAGAUGGAGACAGGGCUGAGCCCCGAGAUCGCACACUUCAACCUCCACCACACGAAGAUCCUUAAGGAUGUUCAGGUGAAGGCGGCCGACAGACACAACCUCCUGCGGCCCGAGACCGUGGAGAGCCUGUUCUACCUGUACCGCCUCACGGGCGACCACAAGUACCAGGACUGGGGCUGGGAGAUCCUGCGCAGCUUCAACACCUACACGCGGGUCCCCUCGGGCGGCUAUUCUUCCAUCAGCAACGUCCAGGACCCCCGCCACCAGCCCAGGGACAAGAUGGAGAGCUUCUUUCUGGGAGAGACGCUCAAAUACCUGUAUCUGCUCUUCUCCGACGACCCCGACCUGCUGAGCCUGGACACCUACGUGUUCAACACAGAGGCUCACCCCCUGCCCAUCUGGGCCCCCUCCUAGGGCGGGAUGGCUCAUGAGUAGGCGCUGCCCAGGAGGCUGAUAUGUGCUGUCCGUGAGGAUGCCUGUUGGCAAGACCCGGGCCCUGACCUUGGCUGUGAGGUGUCCCCUCAGCUGGCGGCACGUGCUCCGGGCCGGGCUGGUGACAGAGGCCGGCG